AUGAUGGCCUCGGCAUUCAGCUCGCUCUCAACUUGCUUCCUGGUGGUCACGGCGGCAUUCUUCAGCCAUGGCAUCGCCGUGUCUGGAGAGGUCAUUGCACCGAAUGCCACCGCUCUGAACGGGACAUACGUUGGUCGCUACGUCGCAGAGUACGACCAAGACUUCUUCCUGGGGAUACCGUUUGCGCAGCCUCCUCUCGGAGAUCUGAGGUUUGCGCAUCCUCAUUCACUCAAUACGUCGUUCGACGGCACUCGGGACGCGACAUCUUACAGCUCCGAGUGCGUCGGGUACGGUUCCGACCAAUGGAAUUAUCCCAUCAGCGAGGAUUGCCUGUACUUGAACGUAGUCCGACCUGCAAAUUACUCCGCCUAUGAGCCAUUGCCAGUGGGCGUAUGGAUCCAUGGAGGCGGAUUCUUUGAGGGUGGCUCCCCAGACCAACGUUACAACUUGUCCUUCAUUGUUCAGAACAGCGUGGAGAUAGACAAGCCCUUCAUUGGCGUCUCAUUCAAUUAUCGCCUUUCGGCAUGGGGCUUCCUCGCUUCUGGUCAACUUGCGGGAGAGGGUACCACCAAUGUCGCUCUUAGAGACCAACGGCUGGCUUUGCACUGGAUCCAAGAAAACAUUCGCGGAUUCGGAGGUGACCCAACGAAGGUCACGAUAUGGGGUGAGAGUGCGGGCGCGAUUUCUGUGGGUUUCCAUCUCGUUGCAUACAACGGGCGGGACGACAAGCUCUUCCGCGGUGCUAUCAUGGAGUCCGGCAAUUCCGUCCAGCAGCAGGGCAUGUGGACUGCAGAUCACUACGACGCCCCUUACCAAGCCCUCGUCGACAACGUGGGCUGUACGGACUCGAUUGACGUGCUUGGCUGCCUGCGCAGCGUGCCCUUCGUCACGCUCAACGCGGCGAUCAACACGACGAAUGCGACGGUGUGGUCCCCCAUAAUCGACGGCGACUUCGUGGCGAAGCUCGCGAGCUACCAGCUCGAGGCGGGCGACUACGUGCACGUACCCAUCAUAUCCGGUGCGAACACCGACGAGGGAACUGCGUUUGGUCCCAUGGGCAUCAAUACCACCGAGGAGUUCUUGACUUACAUCACGACUCCUGCUCUAGCUGAACAGAUCCUCAAUGCAUACCCUGAUGCUCCCUGUGAGGGCAUUCCGGCCGACCUUGAGUGCAAGAGGCUGAACGGUACCUAUGGAUUGCAGUACCGCCGCACGUCUGCAUAUGCAGGGGACGUAGUGUUCAUCGCGUCGCGCCGCCUACAAUGCCACACCUGGGCAGCAGGCGGCACCCCCGCAUACUGCUACCGUUUCAACACGCGCCCGAACGGCAUCUCCCUCGAGUCGGGCGUGACGCACUUCCAGGAGGUCGCCUUCGUCUUCGACAACACGAACGGGUACGGGUACGACAUGGUGCCGGACCCGUUCGACGGCGUGCCCGAGAGCUACUUCACGCUCGCGAAACUCAUGAGCAGGUCAUGGGCGAGCUUCAUAUACGACUUGGACCCGAACAGCUUCAGGCCGAACGACACCGUCACGCUGCAGUGGCCGGUCUACGACACUGCCAACCCGCAGGACUUCGUGUGGGAUGCGGAUCUCACGGAGCUCGCGUUUCCUGAGCCGGACAACUAUCGCGCUGAUGGAAUUUCGACGAUCAUCUCGUUGAACCGCGCUGUCCAUCGCUGAAGACACCGGCGGGAUUUACCUCCAGCGUCACGGACUUGAUCACGAAUGAGUGGCCGGGAGCGGAGGUGGCAAAGAGAGUGUCUUUUAGCGAAAACACGUACUACUGACUUCUCAGAGUUGUACUUAUCCGAUUCAUUGCGCACGUCGAUGUGGCGGCCCAGGGAUGCCAUGGACGGCCUAUUGGUGUGAUUGCACAGGGUCGAGUUGGAGCAAACCGGUAACUAACCGGCAACUGCACCCUGCAAGUCGAAGCGCUGUACAACAGGGUUCCUUCCAUGUGGUUCAGCACGGUCGC